CUGUCUGGCAUUUCAAAAGCAUCCGUGACUUGUGUCAACCACAACGAAGGAGGCAAACGUUAUUGGAAAAUAUUUUUCACAUGUGUACGAGCUGCAGUGGUUCGUUUGAAAGUUGUUGAUUUUGAUUUCUUACAAGAAAAACAAAUGCCGGACAGAAAAGAACACACUUUGAGAAGAUCAUUAGAUGAUGUAAUUAGGAGAUUGAUGUGGUGUGGGAAGAGAUCGUAUCUGACCGGCAUGACAAUCCUAGGAGUUACUUGGAGUCUUUUGGGAAUUAGUUAG